CAAGUUAGUCCCCCUUACCCGACCCGGUCUAGCACAUUCACAAACAAGCGCAAGUCUGUCUACUGUUCCUUCUUGGGGCUCGUGAUGGCGCUUAUCCGACCUGAUUGAUUAAGACAGCACGACAGAAGGCUCUCAUCCCAUCGCUGGCUUGCAUUCGCUCAUCGACUUACUUACCCACAGUGUAAUACCCAUACUGCGUGACCAGCAGCAUUAGAGCCAGAUCGAGUCCAGCCAGAAACAGACAGGUCUGACACACACAUGCCAAACAACACGGACGGCACCUGACGGCACCUGGCUGCGCCCAUAUUCUUAGAAUGACUCCCAUCUAUGUACCUGUAUGUCCGCCGCGUAAGUGUGGAACCUCUGGACAGUGUUGCGUGCCGAUGUGAUGGGGCUCCACUCGUACUUGGCGAUGCGCGAAUGCACCUCCUCCAAGCUUGCUGCAGGGACAUCAACCAAGCAUAUAUUCCACACACAUGCGCAAGUAUUCUUUCUCCCCUCUCGCUGCUCGCGGCUCACUUGCAGCAAAGAAGAAAAACAGACCCAAUGCCAGACCCUGCUCACGAAUCAAUAUCACACCAAACGAGGGAGGGAAGAUUGUAUGCAGUCAGUCGUGUUGCCUGCAGCAUCAUCCCUCCCCUUCCGGCAGCUGACUGACCGACCUUAGUUAACAGCUGGAAAAUGAAGCCCAGUGUGUAGGACAUGACGUCCACCCGGCCCCUCACAGACGCACUCUCGUCAUCCUGUCCAACCUCAACACCUCCACCAAACGACCACAACCGCCCAUCUCUCUCGUGAGAUCCAUCGCCCUCCGCCUCCCCAUCUCUGUACUGCCGCCGCCUGUCCUCUUCACGAGACCUCCCGUGCGCCUGUCGCGCCCUCAGCCGGUUCCAUGAUAGACGACCCCAUCGCAUAAUGCGUCUCGCGUACAUCCGUGGGGAGCAGCCGCAUGUCCGGCGCACGAACGCCGCCCAGGGCGAUGUGGGAGAGCUCGGUGCCCGCUGCUGCUGGCUCAGGAAGCCGGUGAAAGGCCGGGCUGACUGGGUCUGCGGGGCCACCCUGUUGCCCAUCGGCCACAAGCGGCGCCACCCCUCUGAAGUCCUCGACCGCCCAUUGGUCAAUGCGGUGGUCGACAGAGGCGACGUCACGCUGGCCGACGCAGAGGGGGUGUUGGUGUGCGUGGGCGAGGACACAAUGGUCAUCCUGUGAUGCGGCCGGUCGCCCGGCUCUCUGCUCUCCUCAAUAUCGUGGUGCUGCCAGUGUCUUGGUGAGACGGGUGGGAUGGAUAUCGACACAGACGAGGGCGGCACACGAGUGCUUGGCGCGGGAGGGGGCAGCAGGGGCGGGGGUGUGAUGGUCGGGGGAGCUGGAGGGGGCGGCGAAGGGCCUGCCUGUGACAGCUUUUGCCGUUGCCGCACGGCUGUUUGUUUCAUCAUUCUCUUGAUAUACUUGUAAGCGUCCCACAAGAAGAGGCCCAAAUCGAUGGCCAACGCCACACCCUGACCGAUCAAUCAACGCACGCACCCCACUCUCGGCCACCGUCUGACUAACUGACAAUGUGGUACACGCUGGUCGAUUGACUGACCGCCAGUGUAGCGAGUUGCGAUGCCUUCAUGUGUUGGAGGAACUCCAGCUCGUAUGGGCGGGACGGCAGAAAACGCGAAUGCUUCAGCCCCUCAGCGACACUGCCACACACACACGCGCGAACAUCCAACAAUGAACCGACACUAAACGCUUGUGUAUGCGUGUCAGUUUGUGUGUGUCUGGGACUCACCUGAUCCCAAGUGCCAGCAGCGUGCUGGAAAGCGCCACAGCGAGGGCAUGAACAGCAACAGAAAAAAUACUCACGGGGGCAGCUACCAACAUCAG